AUGGUAAAUGCUUAAAAUGUAAUGAAGGAUUUCUAUUAAAUAGUGAUCUUUGUAUUUCAAUAUGUUGGGAUGGUUUAAUUAAUCCAAUAGAAGAAGAAUGUGAUGUUUAAAGUUGAGUUGGAUGCAUUGAUUGUAAAAUAUAAAAUGGUUAUGUUUGUUGUAAAUUACACUUUUCAACAUGUAAGACAUGUGAUAAAGAGUGUACUUAAUGUUUAAGUUUAGAUAGGAUCAAUUUAAUUUGUAAAUCAUGCAUUGAUGGGUAUUACAAUGUAGAAGAUAAAUGCUGAUUAUGUGAUUCAAAUUGUAUUAAUUGCAAAUUGCAAUCAAAUUUAUGGAUAAUAAUAUAUAAUUUCUAAAAUAUCAUACAUCAUGUUACCGAUCUGA